CAAUAGUAAGUAGGAGUAUAAUAUAAAUCUAUAAAUAGACUCUUCCAAUUUCAAGGAAAUCACAACAUAACUCAGGUCCAGAACUAGAGAGAAACCUUCUUUUCAAAAUUUCGGUUGGAAGUAAGAUGGCAUCGAGGCUAACAAGGUUCAUUGUGAUCGAGUCCGUUAGCAACAAUGGACAUUAUGCAGUGCGCGAGACAACGAACCCUAAUGCCGUGGUUAUGAGAAACGAGAGCGUGUUCAGCACGCUGAUCAAGAUCGAAGCUGAACGCGCCACCAGCAACAACGCAUACAUUCACCUGCGCUUCUGCAAUACCAAUAGAUACUGGCAGAGGAAUAGUAGCAGCGACGCCAUUGUGGCUCAAUCCAACAAGCCUAACGAAGACAUGUCAGACAGAUCAUGUACUCUGUUUGAGGCGACCGUGAUGGGCCCUGACACUUUCUUCCUCACCCACAUUCAGACCGGGUGGCGCGUGGUCAUACUAUCUAAUACUACUGCCUUCCGCUUGUCACCGCCAUCCUCAGUCUCAGCCAAUGCCGGCCUUCUCAGAUUUAUGAAUUGGGAUUCCUUGGUUCAUCUGCCUACCCACGUCGCCUUCCAAGGAUCCAACGACAGCUUCCUCGCGGGAAUCUGGACGCAAAAUGCCCAAUUCCUGCAAUUCGCGUCCAGCGAUCCCAACGAAUUGAUUUCGAAUCACCGGGUCCAACUCAUGCCCGACGGCCAUGUCCGUAUACACUCUGAUCAUUUCACUAGGUGGUGGCGGUUCCACAAUGAUUGGAUAUGGGCAUCAACUAUGAACCCAUCCAUCGACGACAGAAACCUUCUCUUCUGGCCAAUAAAACUCGACAACAACACCAUCGCCCUGCGCAGCGUGGGCAACAACAGGAUCUGCCAACUCCAUUCCUGGGGAAACAUAAACCGGUGCCUGAACGCAGCGGUUACAACAAUCACGAACGAAGCAAGGAUCAGGGUGCACGAGCUGGUGCUGAACAGAAGUAUCUACAACGUGAGGUAUCGGAUGGAGGACGCCAGGAUAUACGGGGAGACGCCAUACGUGGCUGGGACCACCACCGCCGCCAACUUCUCAAAUCAAAACGCCGAAGUUGCCGUCCAGAUCACGUACCAAGACUCCAGCAGUUACACCUUCAGCCGAAGCUUGUCUUUGACGGCGGGGGUGACGACCACCAUCUCGGCGGGGGUGCCUUUGAUCGCGGGAGCAACCAUCGAAAUCGGGUAUCAGGUGAAUACGACGUUCGAGUGGGGAGAGUCUAGGUCUAGGACGACGUCGGUCACGGCUACGGGGACAAUCCCUGUGCCGGCCAGGAGCGUGGCGUCGGUUCGAUACGUGGCAACCAUGGGGACCUGCGAUGUGCCCUACUCGUACACGCAGCAGGAGCGGAGCUCCACCACCGGCCAAAUCACUGAACUUGAUUAUGACGAUGGUCUUUUCACCGGCGUCAGCUGUUACAACUUCAACUUUGUCGUCGAAAACACUACACCUCUCAAUCAUCCCUCACUCAAUUUCACAUUACCAAAUUGAGUAGUCACUGCAUUUCAAUUCGAGGGUUUUUUUUCAUCAACUUCUUCCAAGCUGGUUUUUUCCCUCAUUAUCCAUGUGUCAACUUGCUUUUCACCAGAGUUUUUAAUUUGGAGUGUAUUGUUUCAAAUUGAUUCAACUCUUCCACUAAAAUUACCUCUGCUUGUUAAAACUUAA